AUGUACAUGUCAACAUAUUGUGUGUUUAUCCUUCUUGGUGUUACUCUUUGCUUUGGAGUUCCAAUUAAGAAAGCGAAUAAAUGUGGUUACGAUGCAUGUAACUUAGGUGAUCCAUCAAAACUAAAUGUUCAUAUCGUCGCACAUACACAUGACGAUGUUGGAUGGUUAAAAACGGUAGAUCAAUAUUUUUAUGGAGCUCGUAAUUAUAUUCAACAUGCCGGUGUACAAUAUAUACUUGAUUCAGUUGUGAGAGCCCUUGAUCAAAAUCCUGAUCGACGUUUUAUUUAUGUUGAAAUGGGCUUUUUCUGGCGUUGGUGGAGUCAACAAACAGAUGCUAUGCGUGAUAAAGUCAAACAAUUUGUUAACGAAGGUCGUCUUGAAUUUAUUUCUGGUGGUUGGUAAGAUGAUACAUAUUCAAAGCCAGUUACAUUUGAUUUACAAUCAUUAUUUGAAUCUAUAAAAGCAAGUAACAGUACAAUUGAAUUAAAGCUUAGUGCUAAUUUACUAUUAACUGAUAUGCAACGACUUAAUUAG